AUGGCUCCCGCAACUAUGGGUAUUACUAUAUCGAAUACCAAGCCUUUUUCAACUAGAGACCCCCUCGAUCUCUCCGAUUACUAUUUAGAAGGUAGCUGCACCAUUGAUAAACCAGAGAAAGUCCCCAUUACAAACAACAGCCAAAUUCUUAGACCACCUUAUCCCUUUUAUUUAGCUCUUGAUCUUUAA